AUGUAUAUACACGAGUAUUUUAGUCGUAAACAUACUGAGUGGAGUAUUACCGGAUUUCUAAACGAAUGUAACGAAGAACCGUUUCGAUUCAAAGUGGAUAUAUAUCUUAAAAGUCUCGUGAAUAUUAUCAAUAGUGAUCAAGGGAGGAAGCGUGAAAAGGCAAAAGCUCUCUAUGUUAAACGUGGCGUGGUGGGAAUUCUUUUAGCUUCUUUACCAUUCAGGUCUUUUAGUCGAGCCACAAAACCAGUGUUAGGGCACAGGCAACCUUUUAGCUUGGCUGUUGUUAAAAGUCUUUUAGUCGAUCUAACGCUGGUCCCAUUUGGGCACAGGCAACCUUUUAGCUUGGCUGAUGAACCUAAACCCGAUCACGAAUUAGCAAGGAGGUGGGAGAAGGAGCGUUCGCAUAAACAGGUCCACCUCUAUCAACCAACUAUAAACGGGACUGUAAGUGGUCCGAUAAAUGGUGCAUAUGUGUCUGGCGGAACAGUUGAAACUGUAAACGGAACUGGAACUAUCAGCGGAGGGACUUUUGGUGUUAAAUCAUUCGCAUCAAAAAAAAGAGAUCAAGAGGACUAUCACGAGGAGUUGCAGAGAAAACAAGCAAGAAUAGACGGUGAGAAUCUUCAACCUAUCUAUAACGUUCAAAUCCCUCCUCCACGCGUUGUCACUCCUCCCCAUCCACCACGAACACCUGAACAUCAAAUAUUUUCUCCGAGUUCCAUCAUUUCUCCAACCACAAGAAGUGAAACAUGGCAAAUGGCGCGAGAAUCAGGUUUAUCUAUCGAAACAGACUACCGUGAGAUAUUGAGCUUAUCGCAUAUUUUAUUGUUACAAGCUGAUAAUUUCUCGGAUCUGCAGAUUGAACAUUUCUCCGGUGAUACUCUAGUAGAUUUUCAUAAAUAUAUGCGCAAUACGUAUAUAGUGAAAACAAAAGUUGCGCAAGGCGUAAAGACGAUAUUUCGAGAAUGUAUCGAGACCGCACUUGAUGAAGAUCUUGGGCUGAAAGAAGCAACGAAAAAUAUUCCUGUUAAGCCAUUGAAGGACCAUCUUAGUGAGGGCACUCUGACUGCCAACAUUAUUAGUCCAGUAUUGCGCUCCUUCUUUCACGAUGCUUCAAUACAUCCGGCCAUUUGGCCCAACACUGCCAGUAUGAGUAGCAAAAUCCGUAAACUUGCCGAUCUAGAUCCCUCACGAGCAAAGCAACCAGACAUGAUCGGAAAUGUUGUGAAUAACAACAAAACCAAAUACGAAAUUAUGUUUGGUGAGAUAACAGGAGAAGGAAAAAACAACAACGAAAAGAAGAACAACUUAGAUCUUAUCAGGCUAGGCAUUUUCAUGAAGGAUGCUCUUGAUCUUCUCAUUAAGAAGACAGGGGAAGAUCAUAUGAUUUUUGCGUGGCAAACAAUAGUGACAAUAUGGACGGGUUAUAUCAUGGUUUUGACCACUCCAGGACUCUAUAUUAUGUUCGAUACUGGCGAAACUGAACUUCCAAAGUCCUUUCAAACCUGCGGACAAUUCAUUAAUGGCAUUGACAAUUUGUUCACAUUCACUGAAAAAUACGAGAAUGAAGUGCAAAGGCUUCGUGAUUAUAUUAACAAAAAGAAAGAAAAUGGUAAUGUCCCUGUAGAAAUCAUAAAUAGGUUGAGAGCUACGUUGAGAACACCGCAGUUUAAAGAAAUAGUUAAACGUAAAUAA